AUGAAGUCGACAAAUACAGUACCCCAGAAACGAAAGAAGCAAGAAAGCGAUGAUGAGGAUGAAAUUGUUAAAGAUGGCACUCUCACAUCUGCGGCUGAGAAUUUCUUCGAGGCGCUGUCUGAGGCCGGCAUCACUCACUGCUUCGUCAACCUUGGGAGCGACCAUCCUGCGAUGUUGGAAGCCAUGAUCAAGGCUAGGCAAGAAAACAAUGUCAAUUUCCCAAACAUCAUUACCUGCCCUUCAGAGCUAGUGGCGCUAUCAGCUGCGCUGGGAUAUGCUCAGGCUACAGGAGUACCGCAAUGUGUAAUUGUGCAUGUCGAUUGCGGAACUCUCGCUAUGGGGCAGUCCAUACAUAACGCCUCCGUUAGCAGAGUUCCUGUCCUGUGCUUUGCUGGCUUGAGCCCUUUUACCCAGAAUGGCGAAUUGUUGGGUUCCAGAACAGAAUUCAUCCAUUGGCUACAAGACGUACCUGAUCAAGCAGCCAUUGUACGACAAUACUGCAGAUACACGGGUGAAAUAAAGACGGGACGCAAUAUCAAACAAAUGGUCUCGCGGGCUUUGCAAUUUGCUACAUCCGAUCCGAAAGGCCCAGCAUAUUUAAUGGCUGCCAGAGAGGUUCUGGAGGAACGUGUGGGAACAGAGUCCUUAGACGGGGACAUUCUCAGUCCAAUCGCUCCAAGUGCAUUGCCAGUGCAAGAGGUGGAAUUAAUCGCCAAGUCACUCAUGGAUGCAAAGCGACCGCUUGUCAUCACAAGUUAUCUUGGUCGGAAUCUCAAAGCACCUGCCCUCUUAGCUGAGCUCUGCGACAAACUUCCAAUCACCGUCGUGGAAAUGGUCGGCUCCGACGUUUGUCUGCGAAGUGACCACGAAGCAUAUCGCGGCGUGACCGUCACCACUCAUCCGGAAGUUCUUGAAGCCGACGUUAUUCUUAUUCUCGAUUGUGAUGUGCCUUGGAUCCCUACUGCUGGGAAGCCCCGGAGCGGCACGAAGGUAUUCCAUCUAGAUGUCGAUCCGCUGAAGCAACAGAUGCCACUCUUUUCGAUCAAUGCCACUCGCAGACUUAAGGUUGGCUGCGGAAUUGCGCUUGAGCAAAUUAAUGCUUUCCUGGGUACACAGAAUAUCGAUCGGGCUAGGUACACCCUGAGGUUUGAAGAACGGUCAAAGAACUACAAGACCUGGAGGGAAACCCUACGAACACUUGAAUCACCAUCGGAAGAUGGCGUAGUCAGUGUGCCGUACUUGGCUUCACGGCUGCGUGAUUGUCUCCCACAAGACACUAUUUACGUUUUGGAGGCUGUGACCAAUGCUGGCCAUCUCAUUCACCAUCUAAACCUGACCAAGCCAGGAAGUCUGGUUGCUAGCGGAGCAGGUGGUCUAGGAUGGGGAGGCGGUGCAGCACUGGGCGUCAAACUAGGCAAGCCAGGUUCAUUUAUAUGUGGAAUCGUCGGUGACGGAGUCUAUCUGUUCUCGCAGAUGGAAAGUGUCUACUGGAUCGCCAGACGCUACGAUAUCCCCUUCCUCCUUGUUGUGCUCAACAACGGCGGAUGGAAUGCACCAAAGGUGUCUGCACUUCUGGUCCACAAGGAAGGACUAUCGUCGAAGUCAAAUAGACGAGAUCUCAAUAUCUCGUUUGACCCUUCUCCCGAUUAUCCUGGAAUCGCUGCUGCAGCCGGUAAGGCGUGGGGUGCGACAGUCACGACGCAAAGCGAACUUGAUCCUGCUAUCAAAGAGGCAACAAAUGUUGUUCAGGGUGGAAAAUGUGCUGUGGUUGAGGUUUCUGUUCCGUCUAUGUGGAAGGAGAACUAG